CUGCCCUUAGCAGCUGUCACAAUUUUCCACUUCUAUUUCCGGUCUUUUUACUCCUCCGUGGCAUGGCGGAUGGUCUUUACCACCGCUAGUAGUGUUUUUUGGAGGAUAAUAUUCGCUAAAUUAGCGAAAUGAGUCUAUCAGUAGCCCGACCGCUCGUGUCGGUGUACUCGGAGAAGAGCGAGCUGGUAACGGGGGCUUCGCUGCCGCUGCCAUUCGUGUUCAAGGCACCCAUCAGGCCGGACCUCGUCAACGAUGUCCACGUUUCUAUGGCCAAGAAUGCUCGCCAGCCCUACUGUGUUAGCAAGGAGGCUGGCCACCAGACCAGUGCAGAGUCCUGGGGCACCGGUCGCGCCGUAGCCCGUAUCCCUCGUGUACGAGGUGGUGGUACCCACAGAUCCGGCCAGGGUGCCUUCGGCAACAUGUGUCGUGGUGGUCGUAUGUUCGCGCCGACCAAGCCGUGGCGCCGCUGGCAUCGCCGCGUCAACCUACGCCAGCGCCGCGCCGCCGUCGCUGCUGCAGUCGCCGCCGCCGGCGUCCCGGCCCUCGUGCAGGCUCGCGGUCACAUAAUCGAGAAGGUCCCGGAACUGCCCCUGGUGGUGGCUGACAAGGUCCAGGAAAUCAACAAGACCAAGCAGGCUGUGAUCUUCCUCCGCCGCAUCAAGGCCUGGUCUGACGUACUCAAGGUAUACAAGUCGCAGCGCCUGCGCGCCGGUAAGGGCAAGAUGCGCAAUCGCCGCCGCAUCCAGCGCAAGGGACCGCUCAUCGUCUACCACAAGGACCAGGGUCUGACCCGCGCGUUCCGCAACAUCCCCGGCGUGGAGCUGCUGAACGUGGACAAGCUAAACCUCCUGAAGCUGGCGCCCGGCGGUCACCUCGGCCGCUUCGUCAUCUGGACCCAGUCAGCCUUCGACCGCCUCGAUGCCCUGUUCGGCUCUUGGAAGACCCCGUCCAAGGAGAAGAAGAACUUCAACCUUCCGCAGCCCAAGAUGGCCAACACUGACCUCAGCCGCUUGCUGAAGGCUGAUGAGAUCCGCAAGGUGCUCCGCGCGCCCAACAAGCGCGUGGUGCGUGCGACAAGGAAGCUGAACCCGCUGACCAACACGAAGGCAAUGCUGAGGCUGAACCCGUAUUCAGCCGUGUUGAGGAGGAAGGCGGUCCUUGACCAGGACAGGAGGAACAACCAGAAAGCGCUGGCGCUUGCCGAGAAGCGUGGUAUCAAACUGCCGGCGACUGACGCUGCAGUCAAGGCAGAGAAGCUCCGUGAAAAGAGGCGUAAGGCUAUCAAGGUUGCCCUGAGCAAAAAGCCGAAGAAGCCUGCACCGAAGAAGACGGCUCCACCGCCGCCCAAGAAGAAGGCCGCAGAGAAAGCCAAGCCGGCGGCCAAGAAGUAAAUAAUAAACUUUAUAAGUUGAC